AGAUGGCAAUGGCAAUCGAUUAGUCUCCACCAUAAAACGGCAGUCUCUGUUGAUACUCACCGGAAGCCUGUGGAAGCUCUCUCUCUCUCCCCGUAAAUGGCGACCUCUAAAGCUCAGAGAAAGGUACUUCUCCUGUGCGGUGACUUCAUGGAAGACUACGAGGCGAUGGUUCCUUUCCAAGCUUUGCAGGCUUACGGAGUCGCUGUCGACGCCGUUUGCCCAGGGAAGAAAGCCGGCGAUAUCUGCCGCACCGCCAUUCACGGUGAAUCUCCCCAUCAGACGUACUAUGAGAGACCUGGUCAUAACUUCGUCCUCAAUGCAACAUUUGAUGAAAUCGAUGUCAGCAAGUAUGAUGGAUUAGUGAUACCAGGAGGGCGUUCUUCAGAAUAUAUUGCCCUUAAUCCAUCAGUUUUAGACUCUGUGAAAAAAUUUGACGGAUCUGGUAAACCGAUUGCCGCCAUUUCCCUUGGGCAAUUGAUCUUGGCAGCUGCAGGGUUGGUUAAAGGACGCAAGUGUACGGGCUACCCUGUUAUGAGACCUGUGCUCAUUGCAGCCGGUGCUCAAUGGAUUGAACCAAAAAGCAUGGAGGAUUGUGUUGUUGAUGGUAAUAUCAUUACCAUACCCUCAUAUGAGGGGCUUUAUAAGCUCUUGAAUCACUUUGUAAAGGCACUUGGAGGAGCCAUAACAAGUGCAGAGAAAAGGAUCCUAUUUCUCUGUGGGGAUUACAUGGAAGAUUAUGAGGUAUAUGUUCCUUUCCAGUCUCUUAAAGUUCUUGGAUGUCAAGUUGAUGCAGUUUGCCCCAAAAAGAAGGCUGGGGAUACUUGUCCUACUGCGGUUCAUGAUUUUGAAGGGGAUCAAACAUACACUGAGAAGCUAGGUCAUGAUUUCCCUCUAACGGCCACCUUUGAAGGUGUAGGCUCUUCAACUUAUGAUGCUCUUGUCAUCCCUGGAGGCCGAGCACCGGAGUAUUUAGCACUGAAUGAGACAGUGAUCGCCUUGGUGAAGGAAUUUAUGGCAUCUAACAAACCAGUUGCAUCCAUUUGUCACGGGCAGCAGAUUUUAGCUGCGGCUGACGUUCUUAAGGGAAAGAGAUGUACUGCAUAUCCUGCUGUGAAGCUUAACGUUGAAUUGGCGGGGGCCAAAUGGUUGGAGCCUGAUCCAAUCCAACGAUGCUUCACUGAUGGAAAUUUGGUCACUGGAGCUGCUUGGCCAGGGCAUCCGGAGUUCGUCUCUCAGUUGAUGGCAUUGCUCGGGAUCCAUGUGUUGUUUUAACUGCUUCUUAAUCAAUAAGAGAUUCAGAAGUAUGUACAAUAAUCCUGUGUAUCUUUCUGUCUCAGUGGUCUACUAUAUAUGCUGCUUUGUUUGUGAAGGAAAUGGUGAAUGUCAAAACAAUGUAUCCAAAUGAAGAGUGUCUUUGUGCAGCAGUCUGUCUAGCGCAAAUUAUCCCCAGAUAUACAUACUGCGUCUAUCUAGGGCUGGUAUUUUCAGAGUUCUUUA